AUGUCUUCUUCUACUAUUCACUCCUAUUCAGCAUCGACGUUUAUUAACUCAACCAUUUCUGGUUUCACCGAUACGUUGGUUUCCAUCUCUACUUCUAGACCUGCUUCUGUCUUAAGUUCUCCAACAUCUGGCUCUUUAGAUACAGUUAGUUUUGAAUCUAGUACUAGUUUUGCUUCUACUUCAAGCUUACAGACUUCUUCGAGAACUUUCACGUCAAGUAUAGAUGAAACUUCAUCUUUGGUCGUAAAUACAUCUGCAGAACCAAGCAGUUCAAUUAUAUCAUCAACUUUGUUUCAUCCAACAUCGGCACGUUACCAUAAUUCUACCUUUUCUAGUACAAGCGCCUGGAGAACCACAUUAUCUCAAACAACUCCAGUCGUUUCAGUUGUCUCAAAUUCGCAGUCUCAUACUCCACAGUAUCCAGUUUCCUCGAUCAAUUUAUCUACUUUUGAUAGAAGAAGACGUCUUCCACCUAUUACACCAGUGGAAACUACUUCAACUAGUUUUGUGGAAACAACACCAUCAGCUGUCACAACUACUUUAACAUCAAACUCCGUCAAUUCAAACUCUGAGUUUAGUUCAACACCAUCUUUGCACGCUUCGGUCGAUAUAACUUCGACCCCAUCGUCGGCUUCUUCUAUUUCAAAGGCAGUAUCAAAACAAUCUACUACUUCCCACCCUAAAUCAAGUGCUUCUCCUUCCAUUUCAAAGGCAGUAUCAAAACAAUCUACUACUUCCCACCCUAGAUCAAGUGCUUCUCCUUCCAUUUCAAAGGCAGUAUCAAAACAAUCUACUACUUCCUAUCCUGGAUCAAGUGCUUCUCCUUCCAUUUCAAAGGCAGUAUCGAGACCAUCAACUACUUCCAAUUACCUACCACCUUUGGUUCUUACAUCAUCCACUAACUCAGGUCACCCAAGUUCAUCUGUGUCCUCAUCAUGUAUUAACUGCGUUACGGGUGAUUCUCCAUAUCUAACUUCAACUAGGUUAACUUCAACUAGGUUAACUUCAACUGAAUCUAACUCUAUCGACUCAGCUCAUAGGGUCUAUUGGAAUACCACAAGUUUUAGUCCAAAUUCUACGAUUCAGACGAGAUAUACUAAUUCUUCUACAACUAUUUUAUCUUCUGUAUCCAAUUCGACUUAUCCAAGCUCGAUUAAGGCUCAUUACACUUCUCAAACAGACUUAACUACUUCAAUCUCUGACAGUAAGAAAUCUACUCAUUACACUACCUCAACUGAAUCUGUAUCAUCUUCGGUAAUUAAUUGCACUUCAUCAAUUUAUCCCGGUUCUUCUUUGAAACCAAUAAGUUUUGUCGAUACAGACUCUUUGGUAAGUGCAACCGAAACAACCGACAUAUUGAAAUCGAUUACUCUUUUGAAGCCAACUCAAUCAACGAGCCCAAGGCGUAAAGUUUCUCUAGCCGCAAUGAUGUUUGUAAGACCAUCUUCUACUCCAAGUGCGGUGGCAGUAAAGCCAAAAUCCUCCAUAAGUUUAACGACUACAAUGAAAACGACAUUCACGGUCCUAGAAACAUCAGUUGAGUCAAUUAGACCAGUGACGACUACUCUUUCAAAAUCAUCACCUUCCAAGAAUUCUAGGGCUACAACUCUUACUUCAAAUUUACCUACAUUCACUACAACAUCUGACAAGUCAAUAACUUCAACAUCCCAAAUUAAGCAUUAUAAUGGUGCUAACGUACUUUCUUUGGAUGGAAAAUCAUUACUUUCAUUUUCCAUUCUUCUCAUUAGUUUCUUCGUGUGA